ACAGGGCUCCUUACUGGGUGAAAAAACAACUGCUAGACAUUGCCAGGAGUCCCUAGCAACACUGUGGCUUUUGAAAUCUGGAGGGGGAGGCCGUGCAGUCAGCCGAUAGUAGAGGAGAGUGCUGAUGCCUCAGGAAAAGACGGCUCUCAGGAUGGACACCCCACCCUCUGAAGAACCCUUAGAUAAGCAAAACAAAAAACUAGAAAACCAGGAAGAGGAGAUGGAGUUUAAGGAACUGGAUGGUCUGAGGGAAGCCUUGGCAAACCUCCGGGGACUGUCCGAGGAGGAGAAGAGUGAGAAGGCGAUGCUGUACUCCCGCAUCCAGGAGCAGUCCCAGCUCAUCUGCAUCCUGAAGCGGAGGUCGGACGAGGCCCUGGAGCGCUGCCAGAUCCUGGAGCUGCUCAACACAGAGCUGGAGGAGAAGAGGAUGCAGGAGGCUGAGAAGCUGAAGGCCAAGAGCCAGCAGGCCCAGAGGCUGGAGGAACGCUUUAUGACCCUGGCAGCCAACCAUGAGUUGAUGAUCCGCUUCAAGGAUGAACACAAAAGUCAGAACAUCAAGCUGAGCGAGGAGAAUGAGAAGCUGAGGAUGGAGAAUGACCACCUCUUCAGCCAGGCUCUGAAGGACCAGGAGGCCAAAGUAUUGCAGCUCACUGCCCGGAGUGAGGCCCUCACCCAGGAGCUGGAGUCUCUGAAGCAGAGGAGCGCUCAGGAGGCCUGCCAGGCCCAGGCCCGAGAGAAGGAACUGCUGGAGCUGUGCCAGAGCCAGCAGGCCUGCGCCCACUCCAAGGACACAGAGCAGCUGCGCAGCCAGCUGCAGAGCCUCAAGCAGCAGCACCAGCAGGCCAUGGAGCAGAUGGCCAAGGCCGAGCAGGCACACAGCCAGCUGAACCGGGAGCUGCAGGCCAGGCUGCAGACCGUCACCUGUGAGAAAGACGAGCUGGUGCAGCUGUCCAUGGAGAGGGGCAAGGUGCUUCAGAACAAGCAAGCGGAGAUCCGCCAGCUUGAGGAGAAGUUGGAGACGGCCGAUGUGGCCAGGAGGCAUGCGCUGGAGCGGUUUGAACAAGAGGCAGUGGCCGUGGACAGUAAUUUGAGAGUCCGGGAACUCCAGCGCAGGGUAGACGGGAUCCAGAAGGCCUACGAUGAACUCAGGCUGCAGUCCGAAGCCUUCAAAAAGCACAGCCUGGAUCUUUUAAGCAAGGAGAGAGAACUCAACGCCAAACUCCGCCAUCUCUUUCCAUAAGGAAGCUUCUGGUUCCUCUGGCCUCCAAUUUAGAAAUCAAGUAUUUGUGCCUUGUGGCGAGAGUAAAGAUGGGAUUCCAUUUAUUCUACUUUUAAGUACAAGAGACCACUCAAAGAAAAACUACUUUACUAUGAUAUUGUU